GGGGGAUCCCGCACAGUCAUUAUAUCACGGUUUGGUGAGCACCUUGUUAAUAACAAAUAUUUAAAUCAAUUACGACUAGUGCUCAUUCAAUCUAUGUGCGGUCGACAGCGGAAUGCGAAAGUCAGCAUACAGUUCGUGUUGAUUAGAAGUAUUUUCAAACACGUCGAGUGAAUUACGCAAGUAAAAAUGCUGUUCAAGCUUGGUGUGACUUUGAUCCUCUUCACGGGCGUUGUUACCGGCUAUAUAGAGAUUAUGGGCGGUGACUUCUACAUAGAGGGUGUGUUUACUCUGUAUGCAGGACAUGGCGGUGAGCCUUGCGCGCGGCUGGUUCCACGAUCUGUACAACAUCUUGAGGCAGUCCGUUACCGGUUACAGCAAACGUCAACCUUUAAAAUAGGUCUGCGAGUCCAUGCAACGUGCGGAAACGUCAGUAGGGCACAGGAAAUAGCGUACAACAUCUCACAAAUGUUGGGAGACCGGCAUUCGAAGUCGAUUGCCGUUAUUGGACCAGAAGCAAACGAAGAUACCGAGGUGGUAUCUCGCCUUCUUAGCGCAUUACCACGUUCAUUCCGACCCAUGCAGAUAUCCUUCAGCGCAGACAGCAAUAUGUUUGACAAUAGAGAAAUAUAUAAGAAUUUCUUCCGUGUUAUUCCUACUGAAAUGGCAAAGUCAAAGGCCAUUGUGGAGUUUAUGUCGGGUAGGUUGUGGACCUACAUGGCCAUCAUUCAUGACAACACUACACAUUCUGUGUCCAUGGUUGCGAACAUACAGUCAUUGCAUGGCAACGAUGGACGCUAUAUCUGCUUUCCUCAUGUGUUAUCCAGACCGGCAGACACGUCUAGAGAUAUAACCGAAGAUCUAGAGGACAUUUUAUUUGGCGUGAAAAGUACGAGAGGGUUGAUAAUCAUAGGUGAUACAAAUCUGAUAAGCAGUGUCAUGGCAGGCCUCGAGAAAUUCGAGUUCAAUACGACUGACAACAAUUAUACGCGGCCCGUUAUUAUUGUUGUAGAGAAUGAGCCUUUUUCUGUUCCCGACAUAGCACCAGCUUACAACGCCUCAAAAGGAAUGUAUGCUAUCUCCCCGUCAACAUUGACAGAUACUGCAUUUCACAAGCACUGGAAUGUUUCGCUAACAAACACAAAUUUCUCCGGUAAUUGGUUCGUAAGGAAACUUGCCGAAGAGAAAGAAGAUAAUAACACGUCAAAUGCACACUUAUUUGAUAUUACACAAUUAUCUAUCUACUCGACAUAUGCUCAGAUUUCAGUUGAUGUAAUUUUAAAAUCAAUGUCCCAACUGUGUCAGGUAUCUUCACAGUGUACUGGUCUCGACACGGCGCAACUAUCGACUACAGCGUCACGUUUAAGUUAUGUGUCUACCAUUGGAAAUAUGCUUAUUUCAUUCGGACCAAAUAUCCCGAAUGCACAACUUACCAUGUCAAAUACGUCGGCAACAUUUUAUGACUUGGACGUGCUGAACAAUAUUCGUAAAUCAGAAACAUCUGCAUUUGGUUUCGAAAAGAUAUUCCAAAUAUCAUCAUAUGGAGGAAGUGUUCUUAGUACUAACCGAAUCCAUCAAUAUUAUCGUAACGGAACGGAACAAAGUUAUCCAACGCUUCUGAAGCCACAAUGUCCCGACGGAAGAAAAUGCACAGAGUGUCGUCAAAUAGCGCCAUUGCCUAUUGACGUAACGAAAGGAGACCUGUAUGUAGUCGGCAUAGUUCCGGUACAUACAGUGUUGGAUGAUGUUUUGACAUGUGGUUCCGUUAAACAGGGUGGUUUAGAUGUUGCGGAGAGCAUAAAGGCGGCAGUAAAAGAGGCGAAACUAUCAUACUCGGAUAAGAUCCCCGAUGCUUCAAUAGGUGUUAUCAUCAUCGACUCGUGUAACAGCCGCCAGAUCGUGGCUGCAAUAUUGUUGCAACUUUUAAAUCAGGGAAUAUAUGAGGACGGUAAAUUUACGGAAGUACGCUCCAAGAUCAUCGGUUACAUAGGGGGAUGGGUUAGCGACAACAGCAUAAUGGUCGCGUCUAUUCUUACACAAAUUAAAUCGGUGCAAAUAUCCUACGGAAGCACAAGCCCAGUUCUAAGCGACCGAACUUUAUAUCCGUAUUUUAUGAGAAUGAUCCCAAAUGACCUUCACCAAGGUAGCAAAAUGAUUGAGCUCGUAAAAUCGACUGGCUCAGACUUAAUCCAGAUUUUAUAUUCCGACACGGAAUAUGGACGUGGAGGGAAGGGCGCACUAGUAGAGCAUGCUGAUAAGAACGGGGUAUGUGUAGCGCAGAUUAUAAAAGUAGAACAAAAAACAAACAUAGAUCUUGAAAUGAUUCGAACUCAGUUAACGCAGAAGGGAUUUCCCAAGCUUGUGCUGGUGUUUCUGAGUUCCUUUGACGUUGUUAAAGUAAUUGAAAUAUUGAAGCAGUUGCAGGGCUACACAUUUAUUGCAUCAGAGGAUUGGGGUAACCGAAAUAUUUUAGCGAAUGGCAAAAACCUUGUAGGAUCUAUAACUUUAGCAAAUGAGAUACCUAUACCUUACUAUCUGAAGAAACAUAUUGAAGAUGCUUCCAAACAGAAACAGAAGCAACAGUGGCUUUUGGAGUAUAUGAAGGAUUACUUUGAUUGCUAUUAUGAGUGGAGAUUUGAUAAAACAACACAUAGACAGCCAUGCAACGUGGACCAAUACUUGCAACCCUGUCUUGUCCGUGUCACGGAAACUUGUUUCAAAAUUGAUACUUGGUCACCGUUUGCUGCGAUUGGGGUAGAGACGCUCCUGAAGGGGGCGAAGGAAACAUUACAUUAUUUGUGCAACGGAAAUACAAGCACAAUUUGCAAGGCAUACCUCGAGAAACCAGAGACGCUUAUAAACAACAUCAAGAACCAGCAAGUAGCUUACAACUUGAGGUCCCUUAAACAUAUCUUCCACAACACAACACACGACGGGCUAAUUGACUUCGUCAUGUACAGAGUAACUCAAGACUCCAAAGGCUUAUUCUACGAGGAAAUAGAGACUCCUAAAGAUUUCCCGAAAUCCACGUGCAGUGAAAAUUUUCACGAGAGUUGCAAUACUUGCUUCGCUAAAAUGUCAGAGAAGCCAGAUGAGAACGGCAGUGGCACGCGUGAAAACAAGAGCUAUGUAAUCGCUAUGGGCGUUUUCAUUGGCAUUACGGUUGCUUUGGUGGCGGCAUUAGUAGCAUCAAUCUGCUACUAUCGCAGGAGUAAAGGGUCUAACGACACCUACUUGACGCCAUUCGGUGAUGACCCUGUGUACUUGCAACCCACGGAAAUCAUGCACCGCACGGUCGACGGUAUUGACCAGUCCUCGCAGAACACACCUACACACGUUUUCACCGUACAACCAGCGGAGAUUCUUCCUAGCAAUAAUUGUAGCGAAUUCAUGAGGUCGGACUCCGAGCUGCCUGUACCGUUGAAUAAUCUAAAUUGUGGUAAUACUCCACCAAUUCCAAAACAGCAAACGAAAAAUCAUUAUGUGUAGCUUAUUGGUGAAUUUAAAUGCAUGCGACACAGAAAGAAACUUGAAUCUAUUGUUCAUAUAAGGUGUUUUGAGAUUUUCACGACAGAUUGUUAGCCUUCUGGCGUUUACUUUAACUCAAGUUAAGUUUGAUCACAUUUAAAUACUGGUGUACAAUCUGAGAAGAGUAUGAAGUGGACAUAUAUUGCCUGUAAUCGGGACCUUUAUGAUAACGAACUCAAGAGCCGAAAUAAAAAGCAGACACGUUUGUUUUAUGUCAUUUACUUAAUACAUUUAUUUAUAAGUGAUACUUGAACUUUUGUAAAGAAAACGUACGUUAAUAUUUAUUUUGAAUACAAUCUGUGUGCGUAAUGUUUUGUUUGUUUUAACGACAUCUUUUGGUGAACGUCAUGUAACUUAUUAAAUAGUGGAAUGUUUGAUGUGUUAAUAGCUCACCACAUAUCAUAUUUGAAUGUGAACCAUAUUAUUUGAUAUUAUGUUUGUUUGUAUAUAGCUUGUCGCGUAUCAUUAUUAUUUAUCUAUACAUUUGUCUAUUUCUAGGAACAUAUCCAACUCAAUUUGGUUGUAUCAUGUAUUGUUAUUAUUUCUCUUGUGUAUAAGCUCUUCACCUUCAGUGUUUGUUGAUACGUUGGUAUGUUAUUAAUUGUGUUAGUUGAUACGUUGGUAUGUUAUUAAUUGUGUUAGUUGAUACGUUGGUAUGCUAUUAAUUGUGUUGUGUUAAUAGCAUGUAUCAUACUAUGUGAAUUGUAGAACUUUGUAAAUAGUAUCAUGAUUUAUUUGUAAGUAGCUUGUCAUAUAGCAUUGUUUAUUAAACGUUAAGAAACAUUUCCAACUUGUUUGUUUAAUUCCGGAUUUUCGAAACUAAGUCGAAUAAGAGUUGUCUCCCAUUCGGGUAGGUAUCGCUCACUUCCGGUUUGUUAAAAGUAAUAGGCGAAAAAACUACACAAUCGGUAAUUCUAUUGCUGUAUGCCUGAAUGUCAAAUUUUGGGGGUAAAGUUGGAAGAUAUGGCAAGCCUGUAAUGCUACACAACUUGCAAAGUAAUGUGCUACGAGAACCGCAUGGUUUAGAGCUAUUAGCAGGCGACAUUGGAAGCCAACCGGGUAGGUAUCAUUAGUAUAUCGACAUCUUAUAUGUCUCUGUGCAUAAAUCUCGUAUUUGUUGGAGUAGAACACCAUGUACAUGGCAAGUAGAAUUAUUAUUAACAUUUAGUUUUGUUUUAAUCGGUUUAUAAACUAAUUUAAUUCGGUUCUAUAUGUAAAAAUUUGUUGACAUUUUACACCAUGACUUGCUAAUCUAAAAUUUGAAUGAUUAAUUUGAGCAGAUUAAAUACCAACCAUCAGCUCCUGUUUUCCGUGAAUCCCUGAAAUUGUAUUCUAAUGAACUUAAAUAGCAUUUAUAAUGAAAACAUUUUCUUAUUAAUACAACAAAGAGCUAUUUUUUUCAAUAUAUAUUCCUUGGUAUAUAUUGCCAUGUUACAAACAUACUAGCAUUUUUCAUUUAUAUCCAUGACAAAUUUAAGGUGUUUCGGCUGUUUUUUGUUUUGGUAUUAUGUUGCAGAUACACCAGGGUAUGCUCUGAUCAUUUGUGGAUGGAAUUGGUCCUAACUCCAUGAACAUGAUCAAUGUGCCAACAAAAUACCUUGCGCAGAAGAUCCUUUUUACCAAGAAACUAUGCCAAUUCGCAUGCUGAUGACACCAGUGUCGGUGAUGGCAGCUUUGGAAGUGUCGGUGUACAGAAAUCCCUGACAAGCAUCAAAUCUUCACAAAUAUCGUAAGACCAGAAAAAAACAUCAAAGACAUUAAUGCCUCAGACGAUAAAAUAUGCUUUAUACUGUCUGGCCAACUUUCGUUAUUUUUAAUUCUUUGUUUUUGACAUUGAUUGAAUUUGGUGCCGACAAGUUAUGUACUGAAAAACUAAACAUCUGUUGAUGAGUUUCAAUGACAUAGUAAACACAUUGUUUGAUGCAACACAUUGAAGAUAACUCUUCAUUACUAGUACUGUAUUGAUAAAUAAAACAUUGUUUAAUUUUGAA